CCAGGCAUCACAUAAUCAAAACCACACAACCAGACAAUCAGUCUCAGUUGUUCAAUAGUCUUUCAUGUUUCAUGUCAGUUAUAGGUUCAUCCAAUGUUUGAAUGAUGCACUGUUGCCUGAUCCUCAUCUUUAUCUUAGCUGUUUUUGGACGGGGUUGGUCUCAAAACAACACCAAGAAGAUCAUUAAAACCGUCAUAAUCUACAAGUACAAGUGCAUAUAUGGAAACCUUACAUCUGGGACUUCCUGCAACAAUUCUUUCUGUCCUGAAGGAACCACAAAUACAUCGGGAUUUACCUUUCCAAGAACUUUCCUAGGCCAGUUUGCCUCAUCUAAAGAGCUAUGUAAAAGCGGACCAAAUGCUGGGAUUCCCAAGGCAUCAGCCCUCUGUAACAUAACAACCCAUGUGUUUAAUGCUCCAAACAUUCUGGAUUGUACUAUAACCUUGGACGACAUUCAUGCAAAUAUUUCCGGGGUUUCUGUGGAAGAAAAGAAGUCUCUGGCUUCCAAUACUCAGAUCCUUACAUCAAUGCCAGGACUUCUAACACCACUUAACAUCACAAACGCAGUGAAUAUAGCCAACAUGCUGCUCUCCUCUGAAACCCUUGAAUCAACGGAUAUUGCUGUAUCUACAGUAGCCACAGUCAGUCAGCUCCUGAGUGCCAGUGCUGAGAAAUUCUCUCAUGUCAGCCGUGAUGCUCUUUCUAAUCUAACACAGACUCUGCAGAAUUUCUCACUGCGCGAGGAAUCAAAUAACUUGGUACAGCCAAAUUUGGCAGUGCAGUCCUUUAAGGGGAAAAAUGGGACUCAACAAGUGCAGUUAACCUUAUUUAAAGGUAAUGACACCUUUACACCUAGGAGAAUAAAACUGGAUUCAAAUAUGACUCAUUUUUCAUCUGAAGUUGACAUACAGAUGAAUAUCACAUUCAGUAAAGGGAUGGACAAAGAUGUUGGGUUUGUUCUCUAUGAUAGUGAUCUUUUUUUUCCGUCACAAAGCUUUAAACCUUCUCUGAAUACCAAGAGAAGAGUGUUCUCUGCUAACCUGUUCAAAAAUGGUUCUGGCACCAUGGAAGUUCAGUUUUCAGUCACACCAUCGCAUGAUCCCACGAUGUCCCUCAACGACUUUGCAUGCGUGUUUUGGAGUUACAGCGAAAAAGACUGGAGUACAAAAGGCUGCACGAAAACAAAGAGCUUCUCAGGCCACACACAGUGCAGCUGUAGAUUUGAACAUGAAGAAAAUCAACAUGAAGAAAAUUUUGAAAAUAAUAACUUAAAUAAGAACUUUGCAGUCCUGAUGUCUAUCAAUAUAAACUUUCAGUAUUCAGAAGAAUUACACUGGAUCAGCAUUGCCGGCUGUACUCUUUCUAUAUUGGGUCUGGCUGUCACAGCAGUUUACCAAAUUGCAACCAGGAAGUCAAGGGGAUGCAGCCCGACUCUGCUUUUGGUGAACAUCUGCUUGAGCAUGAUGAUUUUCUAUCUUCUCUUCAUCUUUGGCAUAAACAACCCUGUCGUACAUGCAAAAGUGUCUAAAGUUGCAGCAGAAAAUCGUAUUCCUGUGUCAGACUAUCAUCGAUACUCUGACGAGGGUCCUUGUACGGCAUUUACAGCCUUGAUUCAUUACUUCUUGUUGGCCACAUUCACUUGGAAUACUCUGUAUGGAAUUAAUGUGUUCCUUAUUUUCAAAACAACCACAAUAUCUGGAACACCCCCAUGGUUUCCCAAGGUGUCCAUAGCAGUCGGCUGGGGGUUUCCCGCCAUCAUUGUUGGUCUCUCACUGGGUUUCACUUACAGAGUCGACGAUCCUUUAGGUUAUCGACAAGAAGAGUUUUGCUGGUUGGCUUUCUUGGACCCCAAACAUAAUUUCAGUUUGAGGAAGCCAAUGUUCUGGGCAUUUCUGCUUCCUUUGGGUAUCAUGCUGUUCUCCAACAUGGCAAUAUUGCUGCAUUUCUCUCUGAACAUCUGCAAGACCAAACCUAAUUUAAACAGUUCGCGUCAAACUCCUCUAAAGAAGAAGAUUCUGAGUAGUUUUUCUCUGGCUGUGAUGCUUAGUCUAAUGUGGUUCACUGGUUACAUUUUGCUUUUCACCCAUGAACCAACUCUCCACUGCACCCUGAGCAUAGUUUUUUGUGUCUGCAACACAACACAGGGCAUACAAAUAUUUAUUUUAUUCACUCUGAGAUCCGUAAUAAAAUCAUAUCCAGCCAUUCUCAAGGCCAUGAAUGCACCCAACAUUGGCAUUCACAGGAAAGUAGUCCUUCUAUGGAAAGUUAAGGCAAAAGAAAAUAAUGAAACCUACAGACCCACUGAUCCUGACUCCACCGGGAAGCCUUAGGUCAUCAAUGAGCUGAAGGAGAUCAUUGGAGGCUGUGCUGAUCACAUCACAUCACAUCAGUAUAAAGGCACAACCUGUGAAGUGAAUCUUAUGUUAAAUGGAUGCUGAGAAAGGGGGAUACCAACUUGAAUUAUGGUGGAUGUAUGUGUGAUGGGUGUCAUUAUUUUAGAAAUUCAGUUUGAUUUCAUUUAGUAUGCAACUCAGUUUUAUAUAACAGGCAUUUUAGAUGCGUAUCAAUUUCUUAAAAUGAUUCAAUUUUGAUGUUGUAAUUGCAUUAAAUCUUUUUCUUAUUUAGAAACCAAUCACAGGCAACAAUUUUCACAGUUAAAGUUGAACAAUAAAAUAAUUAUCGUUACAAUUACAGACAAUUAUUUUCCCAGUUAUUAUCAAUAACAUACAUCUUCUGAAACAAUUGCAAUAAUACCAUGUAGUCCAUAUAUUGCAUAUUUUCUGUUUUUCUUUUCAUCUCUCCUUUCAAUACUAAUACAGUAUGUAUUUUAAAGCUGCUUUUCAAUAAUGCAAAAUUUUGAAAAGUGCUAUAGAAACAAAACAUACAUUUAUAUGAUAUUGAUUUGUAUUCUGAAGCUUGGUUACUGACUUUGUAAAAAUUCCUUGUUAAACUAAAACAUUUAAUCAAGUUGAUAUAAAAAUUGUGGAGGAGUUGCUAUAAAUGACAAAAAGUUAAGUUGAAAUAACUUAAUUCAGCUUUAUUUUUUCAUAAUUUUUAAUUUUUAUUUAAAUUCAGAGUACAUUGCAAGGUUGCCAACAAAAUAGCCCACUGUCCUUACGCCAAACCCCAAGACUUAGAAAUGCCACUACCAUCCCUAAAAUACAUGAACUUUUAUGCAAAACACGCAUUUUCUUCUUACAGUAAAUAAAUAAUUAAUAUUAUAUAAUAUAUUAUAAACACUGAUUUUAUAAAUAAAUUCUUCCACCUUUAACCUGCUGACAAAACACAACAGUUUAAAAGUGGCCCAGUUCUGUGUGAAAACCGUGGACUUGGCAACACUGCUGUAUUGUUAAUGCAAUAACUUUUUAAGGCUUAUAUUUUGUAGUAUUUUUUGUUAUUUUUAACAUACUUUGAAUCUAAUUUUUAAUGUCUUAAACAUUGAUAGUUUUACAUUUAUUCAGAUGUAUCUCAAAUUGUAAUAACAGAAUAAAUGUAAAAUAAAUAAAUAAAUGGUAUAUUAAAUAA